AGCCAAGCUAGAAAUACGUUCUCGAAUACAGUUCAUGCUGAGUGUAAAUAAAAACAAACAUUCUGUUGCAUUCGUAGUCGGGGUAGUCGGAAUUCGCAUUGUUUUGAUGUUUUAAGUGAUUUCUUUUGUUCCAAAUACACCACAUAAACCAAAAACUAGCAUGACUGAAGAAACUCCAAACAAUGGCAACGAAGCGGCAGAGAUAAAAGAAUACAACGAAACGGUGAAGACCCUCUCGGCCGGUUUGUUGCAAAUUUAUGAGCCGACCCUGAACCAGGUGAAGGGCAAUCUCAAGGAGCUUCUGAACAAACAAAACGAUAUGCUACUUAUAAUCGACAACGAAAAACGAGCCUUUGCUAGCCAGGAAGUACAGAUGAUCAAUGAAAUGAUUAACAAAGCGAAAAUUUAUAGGGAGAAAGCAGUUCGGAUAAAAUAUCAAAUGCAUCAAAUACACCAAAGAGCAAAGAAUAUACGGGCCAAAGCUCUCGAUAUCCAGGAAAUCAAAGUUAACCAGUGUGCUUCGAAGCUACAACAGCAACACUACGAGGAAUCUCUUGUUGCGGGCAGCAAAAAAACGCCCAACAAAAAGACUUAGCGCUGUAUGGUUCUCUCUGGAGCGACAGAAAAAAAAACAAUCAAACAGUUGUUCAAACCAAAAUUGUUCAGUAGAGGAUUAUUUUGCACGGAACUUAGAGAUGUGGUAUCGGCAACUUUUGGACUUGCAUUACAUCGGAUUGCGGAGACACAUAAUAAAACCAAUAGAGAAGGAUUUUUGAACUUUAUUUUUUAAGAGUGUAACCUUCUAAAUCCAUAUAUUUAAAAUUUGUGCUCACUUCCAUAUCAAUAAAUU